UGAGAAUUGAGAUUAAAUAGGAAAACAAUUAUUGUGCAUCAUUCUCAGACAAUAACAAAAAGAAAUAUGUCAGCUUCUAAUGAAAGGUGCUGCUUUGUUGAUAAGAAAUUAUUAACGAAAGCUGUGAAUUUUGAAAACCAAGGUAGUUUGGUUGAUUUUGCAUAUGGAGAACAAUUGCCAGUGGAACAAUUCACUUUGAACAUUAUAGCUGUUAAAGAACUUGACAAAGAUGUCAAGAUACCAGUUUCUUUUAAGAAUAUCGGGAGGCUGAAAGAGGUUGCAAAUAAAUCAACAGCUGGCAGUGCGAGAUACAACAUACAUGUUGAUCCUUCUGAAAGACACGAGUGGGAGAUCAGUGCAUCAGCAUUAUGUGAUCCAACCUUUGAUGGCCUCGGUUUAUCAUCCUUGAUCAGCUGCUUCUUACGACUGCCCACUAAACUGAUGAAUGUCAAAGUACAGAUUCAAAAACUUAUGCUUCACAAACAUGGUGGUCAAUCGUGCAACAAAAUCAAAAACCCUGGUUGCUGUGGUGUUGAUGGUAAAUUUGGUACUGCGAUCCUUCAAGUGCCAGUUGAAGGAGGGCACCAAGGUGGGUGUUUAAGUGUCGAAUAUAAAGGAAGAAAUCAAGCUUUUGAAAACCAUGCAAGAAGUGACAGCAACUUUUACAUCACUACCUUUUUCGACUGUUGCGAACAUUUUAUGGAACCCGUCACGCAAGGAUACCAAUUAACCCUCGUCUUUGAUCUCAUUUGGACAAAUGCCAAUAUCAGAAUUCCCCAAGAUUUUCCUGUGUUUCUUACCUCUCUGAAACAAGUUAGAGAAGUACUGAAAUCGUGUCUGAUUCAAGUCAAGCAGGAAGACUCCCUGGAUUCGAAAGAUAGUGAACUAGAAGAUUCCGAGUCUGAAGAGAUCGAACUUUCUGCUCAUAACACACACGAUUUCCUGUACUCAGAGAAGGAACUGAAAGAAAAUAUUUUUUUCUUCGUUCUACACGACAAAUACGAUAUCGAUAAUUUUGCAUUUGAAUUCCUUUGCAGCCAAGAUAGAAAAGCGGCCGAACUACUCAAAAGCUGCGGUUUCCUCGAUGUUCACCUGGCGAUGGCCACAAAUUCAAUUCAACAGAUUUACGACAAAGAUUCUGUCGACUUCAAUUCAAUUGAAAAAUUGCGCUGGAUAGAUUCUGAUGAUGUGGUUAGAAACUUAAGCAUCGAAUUGAAAUCGAACGAGCAUUUUGUUGGACGGAUUGAAGAUCGUUUUUCAUCGAGUAGGACCAAACUGGAUCAAGAUAAGAAAAUGGAAAAUCGAGGAGAAAACAGUGAACAUCACGGAGUACUUGUAAUUUGGCCCAAACAUCAUUCUUUCCAGAUGUACUGCCGAUAUGGUCUCCAGUCACUUCUCAUCCGGAUGAGCAAAUCAUUGGUGUCAGCGCCCAACUGGAAGGAAGAAACGCGACAACAAGUCAAAAACGAAUUACGGCAGCUUAUUUCGUUUUGUUGCGCCGAACCUGAAAAAGUGUGGACGUUGGCUGGAAUGGAAAAUGGUGAACUGACGUUAAGAUUGUUCCGUUUCUGCAUCACCCUGAGGGCUCGUGAAGAGGGCAUCGAUCUCUUGAACCUUGUCUGCUCCAAUUUUUAUGAAGAGUCCCACGACAUUGAGAAGUUUGAAGGAAUUCAAACCGAGGAAGUUGCUCAGACAAUUGCGGAAUUCCUGUGUGCCGAUUUUGUGCGCCAAGUCAGUGAUCGGGACGAUGUCGCUGAAUUAAUUAAGCGAAUUAUCUCUUCGAGCCGGAUUAUUGCCAAACAGUUAAUCCCGAUUGUCAAGCUGGGAAAAUGUUUUCUUGAUUUCAAUUUCAAGGAAGGAGCUAUAAUGAUUGGAGAGGCUGUAUCUUCCUCAUUCACUAAUAUCGACUUGCUUAAAGCUUCACAAUCAAAGCAGUCCCAUGUAGAAUCCUAUAUGGACAUGAUUGUGGCGUUGGAGAUGAAUCCUGAAACCGCCAGCAGAGAGAGGAUCGCCUCAUUUUUUCUUUUCUUUUCCAAGCUACAGCUAUCCAUGCAGUGUCGAUUUUUUCUCGAUUUUGAAACCAGAUUCUGCUCACAUUCGAAGAAGCACCCGUCCUGUCAACCCAUUCUAUAUGGUUUAUGCCAGAAGAUUUUGGCGAUUACUUGCAACAUUUACGCGCCGUCCGUCAAGUGUUUCGCCGUGGACUUGGUGAGCUGUUUUCUUCGGCUUGGAAAUGGCCAAUGGCUUGAAACUGUCAUCUCUAAUGUGUGCCGAGAGCCAACUGUAUCGGAAAGCCAGACAUUUAUCCUGAUGAAGAAGGAUUUGAUCGAAAAAUUGAUUACUUCGCCCGUCAUCUAUCAGUUGGCUACCACUUCUGAACUGGGCCAGUCCGUCAUGAUUCCUAUUAUCUGCGGAUCAUUUUUGCCUCUUGUGGAGGAGAAGUCAACCGCCAUGCCACGCCGAGAAGUGAUCCUGGAAAUGGUGAGGUGGCUCCAGUCAGGAAAAGCAGAAGCUAUUCCGAAUGCUCAUUUCAACGUCUGA